CUAGGAGCGGUCCGUGCACCGGUUUCAAAGUGGCAGGGCGGGCCGAGUGGACUUCCGCGACUGGCCCCGGCCCUCCUGAAAUCGCCUCUCACUCCGAGAAGUGCGCCCCCGCCGGGCUGCCCGCCUGCUCCCUCCCCGCUCUCCAAGGUGCCCCGACAGGACCCGAGUGACCCGCGGGACGCCUGUAUCCCUCCGUGUCCUGGACCCACCCAGGUGGGAUUCGUGUAAAUGCGGAACGGAGUGCACUUGGCGGGUCCCGAGCAAACCUGAAAUCUGAAGUCUCUCUCCUGAAUCAGGGACUCGGCUGGGACUCGGGAGGAGGGGGCGCGGCUCCUGCGGACGCCUCGUGAGUAGGAUGCUGAUCACGCCGCUGGACAGCCUCCGCAGCAGCGUUGCGGUCGUGUUGUUUUCCCGCACAGCGAGCUCUGUCACUUCGAGGAAAGUCGAGGUGGUAAAGAUCCAAACUCAAAUUUUAUCCAAAUGGCCUCAGAAAGCGACUCUGUGAGUGAGAAAAAUCAAAGACUAAAUGAAGUUCUUAGGCCGUACCAAAUGGAAGAUCUUUCCAAACAUUCGACAGUACAGAGCGCUGCCUUCAAAGGAGAGGGGGGUGACGUUUUGGGAAACUCAGUUGUUGACCAAAGCAUUGUAGCGCCUCCUAUUACUGAGUAUGAUAAGCAUCUGGAAGAGCUAAAUGGGCAGCUGAAAUAUUAUCAGAAACAGAUGGGUGAGAUGAAACUACAUCUUGAAAAUGUCAUCAAGGAAAAUGAAAGGCUGCACGGUGAGUUAAAAGCUGCUGUAGAAAACCAGCUGGAGGCCCUUCCCCUCGGCAUCGAGGGGAUGAAAAGUGAUAUAUACGUGGAUGACGAAACAGUUAAGAAUCUUCAGGAACAGUUACACCUAGCCAACCAAGAAAAGAACCAGGCCGUGGAGCUCUGGCAGACCGUUUCUCAGGAGUUGAACCGACUGCAGAAACUGUACCAGGAACAUGUGAUGGAGGCCCAGAUUUAUGUAGCCGAGAGUCAAAAACAAAAGGAUCAGCUGAGCAGCUUCCAACAGCUGACCAAGCAGCUGCAUGUCACUAAUGAGAACAUAGAAAUGACUAACCAACACUUUCUGGAAACAGUAACUGAACAAAAUGUGGAAAUCGAGCGACUCCGAAAACAACUUAGGCAAACCAAGACAGAUCUGAGAAUUGCAUCUGCGAAACUGGAAGAGUUAACUAAAAUGACUGAAGAGUCUCAAAAACAGAUGAAAAAGAAGGAGGAGGAGGCGGCGUCUGCCCAGCGGAGAGAGGACGCGUCGGACCGGCGCUUACAGCAGCUGCAGAGCAGCGUGAAGCUGCUGGAGACAAGAUUAUGUGUAGCAAUUCAAGAAGCCAACCAAUUAAGAACAGAAAAAACACAUUUGGAAAACCAGACCAGAGACUUACAAGCAAAGUACAAUGAAUUAGAAAAUGAGAAAUACGAAGCUAUUCUAAGAGCCAGAAAUAGCAUGCAACUCUUAGAAGAAGCUACCCUGCAAAAAAACCAGGCUCUGCUGGAGGAGAAGCAAAAAGAAGAGGAGAUAGAGAAAAUGAGAGAAACAUUUUCCCAGGUUGUCCAAGAUGCUGCCAUAAGGACCAAAAAGGAAAUUACAAACACAAGAAAACUUUAUAACAUACAGAUUUCUCGACUGACAGAAGAGCUUUCAGCACUUCAGAUGGAGUGUGCCGAAAAACUCAGCCAAACUGAACGAGUCAUGAAGGAGAAAAAAGCAGUGGAAGAAGAACUAGAAAAGAUUUACCGUGAGGGCAAAGGAAGUGAAAAUCUUUACAGAAAACUGGAGGAAAUGCACCAAAGAUGCCUGGUUGCAGAGCGUUCCAAAGACGAUCUUCAGCUAACACUUAAGACAGCAGAAAAUAAAAUAAAACACCUUGAAAUAAAUUCCUCGGAAGAGAUAUCGCGCUGCCAAGAAAUGAUUCAGAAACUGCAAAGUGUCUUGGAGUCCGAGAGAGAAAACUGCGGGCUGGUCAGCGAACAAAGGCUGAAACUGCAGCAGGAAAAUGAGCAGUUACGGAAGGAGAUGGAGGAUUUAAGGAAGAUGGCUCUGGAGGCUCAGAAAAAAGCCAAAUUAAAGGUCAGUGCAAUGGAGCACGAGUUCUCGGUGAAGGAGCAUGGGUUCGAAGUGCAGCUGAGGGAGAUGGAAGACAGCAAUCGCAACUCCACCGUGGAGCUGAGGCGGCUCCUAGCCACGCAGCAGAAGGCGGCCGAUAGGUGGAAGGAGGAAACAAAGAAACUUACCGAGAGUGCCGAAACUAGAAUCAGUAAUCUGAAGAGUGAGCUGAGUCGACAGAAACUUCACACCCAAGAGCUGCUUUCUCAGCUGGAAACUGCGAAUGAAAAGGUAGCCGAGAGUGAAAAGCUGGCUCUAGAGCAUCAGGAAAAAGCCAACAGACUGCAGCGGCGCCUCAGCCAGGCGGAGCAGAGAGCGGCCUCGGCUUCGCAGCAGCUCAGCGCGGUCACCGCGCAGAGAAGGAAAGCGGCCUCGGUGCUGAUGCUGGGAGACACCUAAACGCCCCGCGGCUGGCGCGCUGGCUCGCAGGACGCCGGCACAGAGCCGCUGCCGCCCGGGGAGGAGUGUGCGGACAGCAGGCCAGGCUCGGGUCGCCCCGCGUGAGCGCCCUCCGCGCUGCGUCCGGCCCGAGGCUCGGUGGGAAGCAGAGCAGUGAGAGCCUGCAGUAAGCAAGGAAAACGCGACCCUGUCCUGAGCUUCGGUGGAGAAUAAAGCCGGCCGAGGAGACGCCUUCGCCUUCAUCACUGUGUCGAUUUUUUCAUCCCCCCUUUCCUUUGGAAUUGCGUAGUAACUUUUCGGCUAUGCUAAUCAUGAGGAAGAGAUUUUAAGAAAAGUGCUAGAAUUUUCAUAUUUCCACUUCCAAGAUUUGAGAAUUUUAUAUCCCAUUGUUACUUCUAACUCAUUUUUAAGGUUCCCAAGAAUCCGUUUGAUUAU